GGGUAACAGGAACAUGGCUGCUGGACUUAGUUGUGGCAGACUGUGGCUGGCCCUGCACAAAUCUUAAUAUUUCCCAGGCAUCUGACGCCUAAGUCCUGCAGUCGAGCAUCUAUCGUGUUCCUGAAGGUUUAAAGUGUGCUAUCGUGCUUACUGUGCAGCAAUACAGACUACAGAUUGUGUGGAUGCGGGAAAUAUAAGAAAUUACGACGUCCCAGUGACGAGCGGUGGUAAAAUGGCCGACCGUCAGCCAUCUUUGGUGGACACGUAACCCAGUCACUGAAGCCGUGUGAUGCCCUUAUGGUUGUUUAUUCUUGCUACAGUGAAGUGUCUAGCAAUGCAGCACAAGAAAAUAACGUGAAAUAAGUGAUAAUUUAAAUAGUACUGGACAGUGAGAGUGAUAGUGGAAGCAUCGGGUGGUGGGCGGCGGACCGGCUCACGAUGAGGGAGUACACAGAAGACAGUGGCUCAGACAGUGAAGAGGAGCGGUCUGGGUCUGGAAGUGACUCGGAUAAUGAUAAUGAUUCUGAUAAUAAUGAAAAUGACAGCAAAUCAGGAGGUGGGAGUGACUCAGGCUCUGGGUCAGGAAGUGGAAGUGGCUCAGGGUCUGGAAGCUCAUCCGAUUCAUCCGACAACAACAAUUCAGACUCAGACUCAGAUAACAAACAGUCAGGGUCUGAUGAUGAUGAUGGUGACGAGGAGCAAGAUGAUGACCAGGAUGAGGAGCAAGAUGACAAUGAUCAUUCGAGAAGUUCUAAUAGCAGUCAGGAAAAAUCAAGGAAAAGCAAGAGGGAUGAUUUAAAAGUGUGUUGGGAGGAGAAUCCUGACAUCUAUGGAAUCCGGAGAUCUGCCAGGGAAAGGAAAGAACCUGAACGCAUUAAAGUUGAAAUCAAGGCAGCACCUAAAAAACACAGAAAAAGAUCCAAUUCUAGUCAGUGGCAUAGUUCUGAGCAGUCCGACAGUGACAAUUCAGACUAUGAUUCCUUGAAAGCAAGAAAACCAGUUCCUAGCAAGAAAUCAAGUUCCUCAUCAUCUAAAAAGAAGUCUCAUAAGAAACAGAGGAGUAGUAGUGAAGCAAGUGAUAGUGAGGAUGGAGGCAAAAGGCGAGGGUCAAGUCGUGCUGCCAAGGAAGUCAGCUACAAGGAGGAAGAAAGUGGAGAAGAAGAGGAGGAUGAAGACGACUUGAUUGAAGUUGAUUGGUCUCAGACAGUUCCUGCUGAAGAUGAAAAUGCUCACACCAUAGAAAAGAUUUUAGAUCAGCGGGUUGGCAAAAGAGGAGCUGUUGGAAUGCAGACGUACUUAUAUGAAAUUGAAAAAAAUGGAGACCCCAAUUCUGACUUUGAUCCCAAUGACCCAGAACAAGUAGAGACUCAAUAUCUUGUCAAGUGGAAAGGUUGGGCCCACCUGCACAACACUUGGGAAUCUGAUGAAUCUCUCAAAACACAGAAGUACAAUGCAUUUCAGGUCAAAGGGUUGAAAAAACUGGAAAAUUAUCUGAGAAAAGAAGAGGAGAUGUUGUUGUGGAGAAAUCAGGCUUCCCCAGAAGAAGUAGAGUACAUGGAAAUCCAGUCCGAGUUAGAAAAAGAGCUUUACACUUCACAUGUGAGGGCUGAAAGAAUAUUUGCUGAAGCUGAAGAAAAUGGCAAUCAUUACUAUUAUGUGAAGUGGGAAAAUCUACCAUACUCAGAAGCCACUUGGGAAUUAGAGGAUCUUGUCAAGUCAAGGUUCAGUUCACAAUUGAAAAGCUUUGAGGCUCGCCAGAAGUCGUCCUGUACCCCAAAGCAGUGUCCGGCGCUCAAACACAGACCAAAAUUCUCCCCAUUAAAGAAACAGCCUGAUUACAUUGGUGGUGAUAACCCGGAACUUAUAUUAAGAGACUACCAAAUGGAAGGAGUUAAUUGGCUCAUACAUGCUUGGUGCAAACAUAACUCUGCAAUCCUAGCUGAUGAAAUGGGUCUUGGUAAAACCAUCCAGACUAUAGCCUUCCUAAGUUAUCUGUUUCAUGCACACCAUAUGUACGGCCCUUUUAUCCUCGUUGUGCCUUUGUCGACCCUUAAUGCUUGGCAGCGAGAAUUUGCAAACUGGGCUCCUGACAUGAACGUAAUAGUGUACAUAGGUGACAGAGACUCCAGGAGAUGUGUCCGGGAAUAUGAAUGGUCACACCCAAACAAGCGGCUCAAGUUCAAUGCCAUCCUCACUACUUAUGAAAUCCUCUUGCGGGACAAAGAACAGCUGCGAGAUGCUUGCCACUGGGCGUGUCUCAUGGUGGACGAGGCUCAUAGGUUAAAGAAUGAAGAAUCACAACUGUAUCUGGCUUUGAAAGAGUUCCGCACACAUCAUCGACUGCUCAUCACAGGCACCCCAUUGCAGAAUUCACUAAAGGAACUCUGGGCACUUCUUCAUUUUAUCAUGCCAGAAAAGUUUGAUGAUUGGGAAUAUUUUGAAUCUCAGCAUGACGGAGAUAACAUGAAGAAGGGUAUUCAUCGUUUGCAUCGACAGCUGGAGCCUUUUUUGCUGCGGAGAGUUAAAAAGGACGUAGAAAAGUCUCUUCCAUCCAAGGUUGAACAAAUUCUGCGGGUUGACAUGAUGCAACAGCAGAAGCAGUAUUACAAGUGGAUCCUCACCAAAAACUAUGACAUGUUAAAGAAAGGUAAUAAAGGAUCGACAUCUAGUUUUGUAAAUAUUGUAAUGGAACUGAAGAAGUGCUGCAAUCAUUGUUUUCUCACCAAACCUCCUGAUGAUUUGACUACGGGUGACAUGUUGCAACACUUGCUUAGAGGAAGUGGAAAGUUGAUGCUCCUGGAUAAGCUUUUAGUGCGGCUGCGAGAGACAGGACACCGGGUACUCAUCUUCUCCCAGAUGGUUCGCAUGCUGGAUAUCCUGGCACAGUACCUGCAGUACCGACGCUUCCCCUUCCAGCGCCUUGAUGGCUCUAUAAAAGGGGAAGUUCGAAGACAAGCUUUAGAUCACUUCAAUGCUGAAGGAUCAAGUGAUUUUUGUUUCUUACUUUCAACGCGAGCUGGAGGUCUGGGAAUCAAUCUUGCAACAGCUGACACUGUUGUUAUCUUUGAUUCUGACUGGAACCCUCAAAAUGACCUUCAGGCACAGGCAAGAGCUCACCGUAUUGGACAGAAGAAUCAGGUGAACAUUUAUCGUCUAGUUACCAAAAACAGUAUUGAAGAAAAUAUUAUAGAAAGAGCCAAGCAGAAGAUGGUGUUGGAUCACUUAGUCAUUCAGUCUAUGGACACUUCAGGACGGACUGUGUUCAACAAAAAGAUAUCCAGUUCAAAUUCUACUCCAUUCAAUCGUGAGGAAUUGAAUGCAAUUCUAAAGUUCGGUGCAGAGGAACUUUUCAAAGAUGAUGAUGAAAAUGAAGAAGAACCUGUUUGUGAUAUUGAUGAAAUAUUGAAGAGGGCAGAAACAAGAGAAGAAGCACCAACAAUGGCAGGAGAGGAGCUCUUAUCUGCCUUCAAAGUGGCUUCCUUCACUCUAGAAGAAGAUGAGGAAGUCUCUAAGCUUGAGUCUAUCACAGAUGAGAACACUAAGGACUGGGAUGAAAUCAUUCCUGAAGAUUUCCGGAACAAAGUGGCGGAGGAGGAACACCAAAAGGAAAUGGCAGACCUUUAUUUGCCGCCACGGAAACGCACAACUGUGAACCAGGCAGGCCAGAAGGACGAUAAGUCUCCUCGUGGCAAGAGGAAAAGGGAUGCAACAGACUCAAGCAACGAUGACACAGAUGAUGAAAGACCGAGGAAGCGUGGCCGUCCACCCAUGCGCAAUAAAGAGACCUUCAAAGGUUUCACUGAUGUUGAGGUUAGAAGAUUUGUCAAAAGCUUCAAGAGGUUUAGCAAUCCACUUCGUCGGCUGGACACUAUUGCUCAAGAUGCUGAUUUAAGAGAGAAGCCCCAGAAUGACUUGCGAAAAUUAGGUGAAACCAUCAUUGAACGGUGCACAGAUGCAAUGAAAGAAUAUGAAAGUCAAAGAGAGACUGAAAAAGCUUCAGAAGUAGAUGGUGAAGCUCAACCUAAGGUGCGUCGUGAUCGUGGCCCCUCCAUCAAGCUCUCUGGAGUGGCCAUCAAUGCCAAGACAACCCUUGCAACAUUAGAUGAGUUAGCACCCCUGGAUUCUGUGGUUCCUCAUGCACCAGUAGAAAGAGCAUCUUGGAUAUUACAAAUUAAAAGAGUCAAAGAUGCUCAUUGGGAUACUCCAUGGGGUAUAACUGAUGACUCCAAAUUACUACGUGGCAUCUAUGAGUAUGGGAUGGGGUCCUGGGAGCAGAUCAAAGGUGAUCCAGCCCUAAAUCUGGAUGACAAAAUAUUGCUUGGGGGUGAAGUCAAGCCUCAGCCCAAGCACUUGGAAAGUAGAGCACAGUACCUGCUGAAACUCAUUAAGAAACACAUGGGAUUAGGUCCAGUCAAGACACCAAAGAUUCGGCGAGGAGCCAAGCCCCGCAAGGGUAUCAGAGAUGUUAAAGGCAUAUCAAAGCCCAUCAUAGAAAAUGAUGAUAGUUCUGAUGAUGGAGGAAAUUCUCCAGCAACCUCAACCAGUCUUUCCAAGAAAAUACCCAAGGAAUCAAAAGAAAACAAGGACUCAAAAGAUACGAAAGUCAAGGUCAAGGAGGAAAAGGAGGAUUGGGAGAAAGCCAAAAUCAAAGAAGAACCAGAUUACAAGGAACCUGAUAAAAGUAAAAAGAAAAAAGACAAAAAAGAGAAGAAAGAAAAGAAAGAAAAGGAUAAAAAUGCAGGACCAAUGCACAUCACUGCCAAUGGACAGCCUGUUCCUCUGGAUGAAGCAAAGGAGUUGGACAAGAACCACCCAUUGUGGGAUGAGUGCAAAGAAAAGAUGAGGCCAAUGAAGAAGGCUUUGAAAACGCUUGACAAUCCAAAUGAAAGUUUAAGUCAAGAAGAGCAGAUAAUGCAUACCCGUCGCUGCCUAGUACAAAUUGGAGACCACAUUGAACGUUGUCUGGAGAGCAUCAAAGAUCCUGAUGCCGUACGUGAAUGGAAGAGUCUCUUGUGGCAGUUUGUAUCAAAGUUUACUGAAUAUGAUGCAAGAAAGCUACACAAGCUUUAUAAGAAGAACAAGAAGAUAAAACAAGAGAAAAAAGAAGGAGACAAAGAAGACAAAGAGAAGAAAGAGAAAAAAGAAAAGGACCAUGAAAAGAAGAAGGAGAGAGAUGAACGGGAUAAGCACCACCAUUCCCAAAAGAGAAGAUCAGAAGAGACAGGUGGCCACAGCCCUUCAAAGAAACCUUAUAACGGGUGGGAACAGAGAGGUCGCGAACUCGAGAAAUGGGGUGAACGAGAAAAGAGUAGAGACCGAGAUCGAGAUAAAGACCGUGGAGACAGGCCUCGAGACCGUGACCGAGACCGUGAUCGUUACUACUCAAGGAAUCAUGCUGGCCCUGGUCGAGAUUGGCAUAAUAGUCCAGGCCCAAGAGAGUUCAAAGAAAGUCGGUAUCCACAAGAUUAUAACAAGAGAGAUGGAGGUGGUGGGGGAUACCAUCGUGAUAGCUACAAAAUGCAUGGCUAUAGGGGUGGAGGAGAGUGGGGAGCACGUCCACAUCACCCCAAGCACCCUAACUAUGGCCCUCCCGGUGGCUAUGGUCCAGCAUACUACCCUCCCCGUCCCUCUGGUCCUGGUCUUUUUGGCCCAUCACCUUCUCAAGCAAGUCAGAUGCCUCACAGGCCUCCCCCAUUUGGUGUCCACCGCCAAGACUGGGGCCAAAAGGAGAGACCUGAUCGACCAGACAGGCCUCCUCAAGACUGGGGUAAAGACCGACCUGAUCGGCCUCCCUCUUAUCAAAAAGACUACCAAUAGAUAUGUAGUGAACUUUUGUGAUAUUGACUGAUGAAUAAUUUGAAAGUAGUGAUAUAUGAAAUCAAACCUCAGAAAAGAAAAAGUGUACAUUGAAAAGUGUACAUUGAAAGUCAAAGUUAAUGCAUAUUGUAUUACAAAGACUUCACUGGAU